UUUUAUUUGUGGGGUGAUGGUAUAAAUCUACAAUAUAUUAAUACCUGAAAAUAAAGGAAGGGUGGCUUUCAUUUUGUUUGGUUUCUUGGUUGAUAAAUCAUUAUUUUUUUCUUGAAUAUUAUGUCAUCUGAGGAUAUUUAUUUCUGGGUUUAAGGUUGGCAGAAUUUUGGAAUGAUGAAGCUCAGGAAUGGCAAUGCUGUGGAGGUAUUAAGAAAAGACCAUGAUCCAUGUGGCUCCUGGUUUCCUGGAACUGUAAUUUCAGUGUGUCGAAAUCACUAUGUUGUUAAGUACAAAUUCCUUAUGAACCACAAAGGAGAGCAAGUUUUGGAGAAUGUUCAUGUGGAGGAUGUCAGGCCUCAGCCACUGCCUGCAACUGGGAAAAGAUGGAUGGUUGGUGAUAUAGCGGAGGUGUUUGAUUCUCAUUGUUGGAGGGUAGGCAAAGUUGCGAAAGUGGUGCAGAAGAACUGCUUUGUCAUAAGAUUCUUUGGGGCCUUUCAACUUAAAGGAUUUCAUGAAUCUAACAUGAGAAUUCGACAAUCUUGGCAUAAUAACAAGUGGUCAGUCAUCAGGGAGGUUGCUCGAGAUAAACAAUUUAAAGCUCAAAAUCUUUCAAAAUAUUCCUCAGACUUGUUUUUGAGUGUUCCAUUAAAACUGAUGGGCAAGGAAUCUCACUCCAGAGAGAAGGAUAGACACAGAUGCUAUCGGCACAGUCAAACGAGAAGAACUAUAAACAGAAGCUUUGCUUAUGAUUGUGAAGCUUCUUCCAAUGAUCUGCUUAUCGGAGAAAGCCACACGAAAAGAAAACCAAGUCCUUCGAAUGAGCAGGUAGGCGAUAUGCACUCUCCAAGAGUGAAAAUACUGGAUGUUGAAAUGGUAAAUGCUAGUAAUGACUUGUUACAUGUUUCUUCUACUCCUCGGUGGUCUAAUGAAGAUAGCAAUGGAUGCUCGAUUGCUAGCUGUAGUUCUAUCGAUUUUGCUGAUUCUCAUCAUAAAUCGUUAGAAAAUACUUCUAAGAGUUCUGAUGCCAAGUCAUCAUAUCCAACCUUAUCUGGGAAAAAACACAUGCUCUCGACUCCCAGAUACAAUAUAGAUGUCAAUAUCCAUGAGCUAGAGCUUCAUGCAUAUGAGUCAACUGUGCAGGCAUUGUACGCUUCAGGUCCAUUGAGUUGGGAGCAGGAGUCCUUCUUAACAAAUCUCCGAAUCUCCCUUAACAUUUCAGAUGAUGAACAUCUGUUCCAGCUAAGACAUCUGUUAUCAUCUCAAGUAGUGUAGUUAUUUCCUUUUCAUUUUCUCCUCAGUCAUAGUAUCAGCUUAGGGCGCCUAAGGUAAGCAAUUCUGGAAUUGGUGUAAAAUAUUCUGCUGUUCCUAAAAACAACUUAUGGGUGCUUAUCGGCACUUGAAGUCGCCUUUAAGUUUAGCUUUGAUGACAGAAAUCCACGUCUUCUAAAUGUCCCGUGACUGAAUAAUUUUCUUAUCAUGUAUUUCUAGCUCAGAGCAUAUGUAAAAUUUUUUGUUUAUAGGUCUAAGUUUGAUAUGCACUGGUUGAUCUUUUCAGUAACUCCCCUGUUCCAUUUUGUACAUGGUUUGAAUCAACAGUUUGUUUGAAUCAAUAAAAAAACUUGUUAUGGAA